AAGAGAGUGAGGGGGCGGAACCCUGCUGAGCCCCUGCGCUGAACGACAGCCAAUCGCUUCGUUCUCCUAACUGCCAGUCACCGAAAUCCGUCCAAUACCCGCAGUGCCAUUUCUAAACUGUAUUCCCCACUGUGUCCUCCAACUGUUGUAUGUUCUGCCAAUCGCUUGAGGACAGAGUGGGAAAAGGAGCAAGCAGAGUUAGAAGCCGGACAAAAGAACUUAUAGACCCCUUAUAUACAUAUUUUCCUAAUGUUUUAGAGAGCGUGUUGUGGUGAAAAGCAUUUGCGGUGAGUGCGGAUGGACUUGUCAGUGUAGUUAUGGAACCCCCUUUAAGCAAGAGGAAUCCGGCGAUAAGAUUAGCGGAUUUGGCAGCGACUCAACCCCUUCCUCAUCAGAAUAUGACAGGCUUCCCGGGGCUAGGGGGGCAUCACCCUCUCUCCCACCAUGCCCACCUCCACCCUGGGGAGCUGGGCAACGACCCCGGAGUGGCACUCACUCCAUUUGGACCAGAGCACAUGGCACAGACAAAUGCUCUCAAACUUAGCCCAUCUCAGCACAUUCAGAGCCAUCACGAAGCCCAGACCGCGGCAUCUUUCACUUCUGCUCAGACCACAGUUGGUUUCCCCGUGGCUCACCCCCACUCAGGCUACUCAAGCAGCAGGGACUUCAUCCUCAGGAGAGAACUUUCAGCCUCUGCUAUGCAUGCACUUGGCGACCAGCAUAGUUCCGCCUCCUCCCCUCAUCACCAUGGCAUGUUCAUCUCCCCAACAGGUGCUUAUGGGCACGCGGAAAGUGGGGCCCAUUCACUUUUUACUGGACUUCACGACCAGGCGUCCCCAGGUGCCCACCACCAUGCCCUCAAUGGGCAGAUGCGCCUGGGUAUACCGGGGGACAUCUACGGUAGGUCAGAGCACUUCGGACACAGGCCAGAGCACUAUGGACCCUCUUCUCUCCACAGCUACAACUCCAUGAACCUCAAUGUGAACAUCGCUUCUGCUCCUCACGGAGCGGCGGGGGCGUUUUUAAGAUACAUGCGGCAGCCCAUAAAGCAAGAGCUAAUCUGCAAAUGGAUUGACCAGGAGCAAAGUCAAAAAAAGCCCUGCUCUAAAACUUACAGCACCAUGCACGAACUGGUCAACCACGUCACGGUGGAGCAUGUCGGGGGACCGGAGCAGAGCUCCCACGUCUGUUUUUGGGAGGAAUGUCCACGGGAAGGAAAGGCUUUCAAAGCGAAGUACAAACUGAUAAAUCACAUCAGAGUUCAUACGGGAGAAAAGCCCUUCCCGUGUCCUUUCCCGGGUUGUGGAAAAGUCUUUGCUCGAUCGGAGAAUUUAAAGAUUCACAAGAGGACUCACACAGGAGAGAAACCUUUCAAGUGCGAGUUUGACGGCUGUGACAGAAAAUUCGCCAACAGCAGCGACCGGAAGAAGCACUCUCACGUCCACACCAGCGACAAGCCUUACUACUGCAAAGUCCGUGGCUGUGACAAAUCCUACACACACCCGAGCUCUCUGCGGAAGCACAUGAAAGUACACUGCAAGUCCCCGCCGCCCUCUUCCACCAACGUCGGCUACAUUUCCUCCACAAAUCCACUCGGAGACCCUCUUUCACCCAACUCCGAGCCGCACAGAAACCGCUCCGCCAACCUCUCCCCUCAGGUCACCAACCUUAACGAGUGGUACGUGUGCCAGGGGAGCGGAGGACCCAACCACCUCCACACCCCCUCCAGCGAUGUGCCAACGUCAGAUUCAGACGAGGACUCUUUCAGAAAUUCAGACCCGAGGACAAUGCUCUGAUGCCCCGUUUACAACCACUGACUGUCAAACGUUGACGUGUGUGUAGAUCCAUGCAGUUCUUUUUACUGCAGUAUUAUUACACAGACUGUGCUCAUCGCAGAUGAUUCACUAUUAUUCGUGGAUGCAGUGCCGGCUUAACUACUUGAGGAAGAAUUUCUCUGAAGGUGACCCCUGACCUUUCUAAAAGUGCAGAUCCAAACUGUCAAAAUAAAACAUUUGACAACGACAUUAGAAUUGAAAUUAGCCCUUUGCUUCUUAUUUGAAAGGACGAACCAUUCUAAAAUGAGUUCAUUUUUUAAUAGAACUUCCCAAAAUCCCCCCCACCCCCAAAAAAGUAAAUAAAUAAAUAAAAGAAACAUGCAGGGUUUAAUUAACUGCAUGGUUUAAGACUCAACUGGUGUGCUGAAAUGACACAUUUCAUGUGACCUCCCAUCACCCCCUUGCAGUUUAAUAACUCGCCUGCUAUCAAUCAGACUUCCAGACAUUUAAGGAAAGAAUGGUACUGCUGGUAACCCCACAAAUGGCAACAACGUGUAUCACGAUCUAGAGUAUGAGACUUUUUUUUUAAUUUCACAUGAUUUCUUUAAGACAUGGUACAAACUUUGAUAGACCAAUAAG